CUUCUUUAACAUGUUCAAGCUGGUGGUGUUGUUCGCUACUUUGGCCCUCGCCUGCGCCAAACCUAGCAUUGGCCAUGGGGCGGUUUCCUACACGGCCUCCAUCCCGACUGUAACCGGGGCCGUAAGCCACCAGAGCAGAACCGACUACGUCAGCAGCCCCGUGGUAGCUUCUUACGCCGCCCCCGUUGUCAAAACCGCCGAAAUCGUCGAAACCGCCCCCGUGGUCAAAACCACCCUCCACGCAGGGCCAGCCGUCACCCACUAUGCCUCCGUGCCAGUCACUGGAACAGCCUACACCAAAAACCUCCAUUUCGCCGAAAAAGACGUAGUCACUGGAUACACCUCCCACAUUUACAAGCCCAAUUUGGCGGCUUUAGCCACCCCCGUCGAAGCCAUCGCUCACCACGAAAUCGCCGCCCCCACCAUCGCCCACGUCCAACCUGAAGUCGCCGUCAAAAAAGUCGAAUUUGAAACACCUGUUGUAAACGAAAUCCACGCCGUCCAUGCCGCCCCCGCCGUCUCCAGCUACUCUUACUCCGUAGCCGCUCCCGCGGUUGAAACCAAAGUUGCAGCUGUUCCUGUCGUUGAGACCAGAGUUGCCACCCCCGCAGCUACCAGCUACGCUUACUCUACCCAAGCUAAAAUUGCCGCCCCUGCUGUUUCUCACGCGGUUCCAGCCGUCGAAACCAGAGUUGCCGCCCCCGCCGCCACCAGCUACUCAUACUCUUCCCAGACUAACAUUGCCGCUCCUGCUAAAGUCGUAGCUGCCGCCCCUGCUGUUUCCUACUCGGUUCCUGCCGUCGAAACAAGAGUUACCGCCCCCGCCGCCACCAGCUACUCAUACUCUUCCCAGACUAACAUUGCUGCUCCUGCUAAAGUCGUAGCUGCCGCCCCCGCUGUAUCUUAUUCAGUUCCAGCUGUAGAAACCCGAGUUGCCGUGCCUGCCGCCCCCGCAGUUUCCAGCUACUCUUACUCUGUUCCCGCCGCUAAAGUUGUAGCUGCCGCCCCCGCAACUAGCUACGCUUACUCUACUCAAGCUAAAAUUGCCGCCCCAGCCGUCUCCGGCUACGCUUACUCGGCUCCCGCCGCCAGAGUUGUGGCUUCCGCCCCCGCUACCAGCUACGCUUACUCUACUGAGACUAAAGUCGCCGCCCCUGCCGUCUCCGGCUACGCUUACUCGGCUCCCGCCGCCAGAGUUGUGGCAGCCGCCCCCGCUACUAGCUACGCUUAUUCUACUGAAGCCAGAAUUGCCGCUCCUGCUGCUAAAGUUGUAGCUGCUGCUCCUGCUGUUUCCAGCUACGCUUAUUCGGCUCCUGCUGUUGCCACUAGAGUUGCUGCUGUAGCUCCUGCUGUUGCUGAAUAUUCAGCUGCUAUUGCUACUCCAGCUAUUUCUACUUAUGCCGUUCAUGCACCGAUUUAUGGAGCUAGAGUAACUAGUCCUGUAGUUGCUACUAGAACUAUCAGCGUGCCUUCGAGCAUUGCGACUGAAGUACGUCACUCUAGCGUCAAUCAAUGGUAAAUGUAAUGACUGAUUUUGCAGCAAUUGUGUUGUGAAUUAAUUUAAUAUUGUAUUAUUGUAAAUACAAAAUAUAAUAGUCAAACAUC